UCCGAGUUGAGAAGCGCUUGACCGGACACCAUUGCACAUGGUUCUUUAUGCUCGCCCGUGAUUUGAUUUAGGCCAUAUAAAAAUUAAAUUAAUAUUUGCAGCGAAUUCGACUCAAUAAAAUCGUAAGUUAUUCGUAUCACGUUAUGUGAAAUAGAGAUUGCUGCUAACAUGAGAAUGUUUUUAGACUGCAGUUUAUAUUGAAGGGAAUGGCAAUAAGAUGGCAAGCACUGGGCUCUCCAUUUUGAGAUAAUGCAACUUCAGUAUCACUCACGCGGUAUAACACAUACGCAUAAGAUACACCAUACAGAGCACUCAUAUUAAAUGUAUAUUCCAUUAAAAAUGGCAGCCAGAAUUGCAAUGUGGAUUUCACUGCUGAUGCUCAUAGGAACAGAUGCAGAAUCAUCGACUGACCCCCAAAGUGGUGACGCUAAUGAAAGUGAACAAGCAGCAAGUAUCGACAGUCUGUAUAUGUUUCCCGAUUUUUUAGACUUUCAGAACGCCCCUAUUCAGAGCGACAGUAGUGGACUUGAUGAAAGCGAAUUUCAUAAUUUCCAAGGAAAGUUUCUUAUUAUCCCUGAGGACGAAGAAGCGAAUAUUCUUGAAAAUACAUUCGAUGCUAAACAUCGCAUCGAGGACCCUCAUUUGAGAUCUCAAGUAACUUAUACUGCCGACGGCACAAAAGUUGUACAAUAUGAACCUAAUGAAAAGUCCGCGAAGACGAAUGGUAGCGAAGCGAAUAACGCUAACGAUUCGUCCGGGGAUGGCAAUUCAUUUGCACCGAAGACAGUAGAAAAUAGCGAUCCACUUAAACAAGGGCUACAAGUCUCUUUUGCACCAGACGGUACAAAAAUUAUACAACACGCACCCACAGCUUUACCGCCAAAUAAAUACAACAUGACUACGCCCGUGCCUGGUCCUAAACCAACCAUAGUAUUCAUAAUGGUAUAAAGUAUCCUAAACCAAACACAACAAAAUCGCUAUAUUUUAUACAAGACGGUACGAGAAUAACACAAUUCAACACCGGUGUUAAGGAUAAUAAUGGAACCAUGAAGCCUAAGUGGGCUUUCAUACCGGAAGAAUAUGUGCCCGGAUUCAGUGACGAUGAUAAUCAACCCAAUGCGGCCGGUUAUAAAUAUCGCAACCGGGCUGGCGAGCAAGAAAAGGUAAAAUUGAUUAAAGAGCAAAUGAACGAAGCUAGCAAAGAACAUAACCCCACUUACCAAUUUAAGACGGAGGAAGAUCUUGUUAACUCUCUAGCAAAGCCUUCAAACAAUGGAAGCAGUCCCCGAACUGUGCAAGGAGAAGAAACGCUAUCCCAGUCCUUUACAAACAACGGGCCAAGUCAAAUCCAGGACGGUUCUGAUAUGGCGUCGAUACUGCCUAGUGACACUGUUGCUAACAAAAGCGUACGCUUUCACAAAAUUAGAAAGCAAGGAGCCCUUAAAACAUCCAAAACGAAACAUUUUAUUGGAAAGCCAGCAAAAGUUGUUCACACGUUUCUAUACGAUGUUAGGCCGCUGAAGCCAAAUCAGUAUAAACCUGUUGAGAAAACUCACCAGAUAGAGACUGGUAGCAAGCGUGGUGAGCAACAAUAUAGUAAGAAAAUGCAAGGUAUAUUGAAGGGAAGAAGUACAAAAUCCAAACUGAAAAGAAGGAAGAAGAAGCAUGGAAAGUUCGGGAAGAAAAACAAGGCAGCAUCUCGUUUGAACAUUAUGCCUGUGCCUGAUGCACGAAACGAAACAAAGAAAGAAGUUGGUAACUCCGAAUCUGACUAUCGCCAGGCUCUUCAUUCACUUGUGUUUAAAAACGAACCAGGAGUAGUGAGGAAGAAACAGAAUUUUGCAUAUGUUUCACAAUGUGGACUGUAUACUGAACCACAGAACAUAUCCCAGGUUCAGCAUGCUUGGGCAACAAAAACAUAUUCGCCGUAUUUCUAUUUGUAUGAAAAACCAAAGAACUAUGAGCAAUGCAAGCCAUCUCCUUGGAUGAACAACACGGAUAUGAGAGGCAAUGUCUUCAUAAGCUUUGAAGUGAAAUCAAUUCAUGGAAGCAAUAUGGAAAAUAAUGCCAAGAUAUGCCAGAAAUACUGCUGCAAGGAACCCCGAUGCGCUGCUUGGGUCAUGAGAAAACAAUCUGCAGCGACUACAAAUUGUCCUAAAGAUAGUUUUUGCUGUUGGUUGAAGACAGCAGUGCCGAAGCGAGAGCCAAAUGAAGAUGCCACUUCAGGAGUGGUACAAAGAGAAAGGUAUCGUCACCCACCUACUGGUAUGAGGUCGGCCGUGCCACUUGGCGGCCUUGGGACGGGCUCAUUUGAGCUCCGAGCUGAUGGUACAUUUCAUGAAUGGACUAUUGAAAACCAGUCCCCAGGAGGUGCAGCAAAACUGAGCAAAACAGCAUUGGAUUUGAUGCUGCUGGCAGUGAGGAUUGAGCAAAAAGACAAUCACAAAUCAGCUGUUCUAAGAACACACGCUCCUCAUGGCUUUGAUGGUGUAGAGCAGCUGUCAUAUUAUGGAUCAUUUCCUGUAUCGAGGCUAGAUUUCGAACUCCAGCCAAUCAAUGAAAUCAAGAUGUCAUUGUAUGCUCAUUCAAGCAUGAAGCCACGUGACCCAAUAGCCUCGUCUGUGCCUGCCGUGACCUUUAGCCUCAAUAUCGAGAAUCCAACUGAUGAAGAUGUAGCUGUUUCAUUUAUGUUAAAUCUGCCUCUGGGAUAUAAUGACGACACUAUACGGAGAGGCGGCAACUAUGCAGAAGUUGCGUAUACGAGGUUGGUAACACCAGCUGACUGCAUGGAAGCUUGCGCAAAACAGUCAAAGUGCAUGUCGUGGACGACGAAUGGACCUUUCUCUUGCCUGCUAAAAGACAGCAUGCCGUUGAAUUCUUACGAGUUCGGCAUCAUAUCAGGCCUGAAGGGCCACUGGACUAGAGUUAAUAACACCUUGACUCACAAAAGACCAGGCUUCUAUGCACAAAGUGGAGAGACUUCGCUUCGAGUCUUGGGAAGCGAUAAUGAUGAAGUACAUUUCAUAACUACGAACCACCCCGAGAAGAUCUGGAAGACCUUUAAGAAAAAUGGCCAUUUUGGCAAUGGAACAUUAGUCAAUGCAACUGCCCUUCAUGGCACUGCUGCAGUGAAAGCGCGAAUUCCCGCGAAAAAAUCGCGGACUCUCACAAUAAUCUUGUCAUGGUAUUAUCCAAACAGAGAUAUUGCCGAUGAACGUGUUGGAAACUACUAUUCAAACAUAUUCAAGUCAAGCGAAGAUGUUGCAUCUUAUGUAGAAUCUCACAUGACAGAUAUAGUUCAUGAUAUUGUAAAGUUUCAAAGCAGUAUUGUUCCUCCAAGAUCAAUGUUUUUUAAGGACAAGAUUGCACAUCAGAGUUGUGAUCCAGUCAUUAAUGGCGUGAAUAUGUUGCCAGAGUGCUUACAGGAUAUUUUAAUGAACAGCCUCAGCUACUGGCGCUCCGGCAUGUGGAUGGAAAAUGGCCGCUGGCGGCAGUGGGAAGCCUUCGACUGUGUCAAUUUUGACCCGGUUCAUGUCGAUUUCCAUAGAUUCAUUCCAUAUGUCAUAUUCUAUCCUGAGCUAGCAAAGAAUGUGAUGCGUGCUUGGGCAGAGCACCAGUUGAUUAGUGGUAUGAUACAAGAAUCACUUUCUCAAGGCUGCCUUGAAGAAACCUCAAAAGACGGUGUUGGAGGAGGCAGAAGUAUGACAGACGUCAAUGUUGCUUUCGUUGUCCAAACCUACCUCAUUUACAUGUGGACCAACGAUACUAAAUUUUUUGACGACAUGUAUCCAGUGGCCUCAAGGGCUUUGACGUGGUUGAUCAAAGAAGCAGCACAUGGUUAAGCUGGGGAGGAGACUGAUUUGCCGUACCGCAAGCCCGAUACGUACGACCUCUUUGAGCUGGAUAAGUAUGAUCACUGCGUGUAUAACAGCAUACUGGCGAAGCUCGCGUUAAGAGCUGGGGAGGAGAUGGCGUUUUUGAAGAAUGACUUUGCUAAACUUGAAGAAAUAGGCAAGGCCUACGACAGAGCACAUCUUCGUUUGGAAGUUGAGAUGUGGGACGAUAAGGAUGGCUUUUACCAUGCCUGGUUUGACGCCGAAUGGGGCUCGCCAUCUUGGAUUAUGUCCGACUCAUUUUAUGGACAGGUCUGGGCCUACACUCUUGGUCUUGGAGACCUCGUAGACAAGCAUAAAUUAAAAUCGCAUUUAUUGAAAGAAAGAGAACGAAAUGACACGCCGUUUGGAUUGAAGGCUAUUUCGAAAAGCGAAUCAAAAAAGGUGAUACAAGAGGAUACAAGUGUAAUACUUGGGGAAGAGCCUGGGUGCAAGUCUUUGGAGAAUAUUACCAAAUAUGAGUCCAUUUGGAUGACAGCAAGCACAGAUUGGUCGACACUAAUGCUGAAUCUUGACAUGCCUCCAAGAAUCGCGUUGCAUCAAGCAGAGAAAUCUCUCGACCACUACCGAUCAACCUUGAAAGACCAGUGGAACUUUCACGGUCUGACGUCAUCAGAAAACUACGGCCUAGAUGGCCUGCCUUGGGCAACUAGUCACUAUUCGUUCCAACUAAUGCUUUGGCACUUGCCGUUAUCAUUAUCAGGGCAGCAAUACAACGCACCAAAUGCGACGCUUACAUUUAAACCCAAAUUUGAUGUUCCUUACUGGUUGUCCUUCUACACCCCAGUGGCCCUUGGUAACAUAGAAGCCAAAUUUAACGAGGCUAACAAUGAGACAAUGUUCAAAUUUACUGUUUCUUCAGGUCAAAUAUACCUUAAGAACCUAUCAAUAUCUGGAUCUCGCUAUGGCAGAACAAAUUUUGAAGUUUUGGAGGGUGAAUCAGUGGAAUGGUCUGUGCCAAGUAAAAAGAGCGAUUCAAAUAAGGAAGUGGAAGAACUUCUAGCAGAGUUAAAAAGGUAGCCAUAUAUUUAGUCUUCGUAUGAACUUUUAGCAAUUAGACAUAUUUUUGUACGUUUUGGUAUAUUUCUAGUUGCGACUGUGACUAGAGGCAUAAUGUGUUGUGGGUCUACGUUAGUAGCGAACUUCCCCAAUAACUGGGGUUAUGUGUACCCUCGCGUGUUUUGAGAAUAGCCCAUAAUGAACUUAUACUAAUGCGCUGAUCUAUGGAGAGCGAAUAGAGAAAGCUGUGCCAAUGGAGUCUUCUGCUCCUUUGGGGGCGGGGGAGAGGGAAUAGAGAAAGCUGUGCCAAUGGAGCCUUCUGCUCCUUUGGGGGCCGGAGGAGAGGGAAUAGAGAAAGCUGUGCCAAUGGAGCCUUCUGCUCCUUUUGGGGGGGAGGGGGUUAAAGUUUCAUGAACUAUGACCAUUGAUUGAUUUUGAACACCGUCAAUGUCAAAAUCAGCCUCAAAAUCAGCCCUUAUGAAUUUAAAGGUAAAUUUCUAAGAGGCCGGAAGGUCUUAAAGGUUCGAGUUUUAACAGCCUCUUAGCAUCUCAUACGUGUAGAAUCUUAAUUGCAUCAUGAAUUGAAUAAUUAUAAUAAUACUUCAAUAAGAUUUUAGUACGAUAAGCAUAAUAAAAUGACAAACAAACAAAAAAUUGUACUUUGAAUGUUAACGGAUGCACUAUGUAUGAAAUUAAGCUGUAACAUUGUUAUAGUUCGGGAUAAUAAUUUCUCGAAUCCAAAGUAACUUAGGCGUAUUUUAGUUGUGUAGACAACUCUAAAUGGAAGUAAUACUUUUCCAUGAAUCGUUCUCAAGGCUGGUAAACUAAGUUUCAAUACCUUCAUCUUGCCAAUAGAAUUUAUCAUCUCGUUGAAGAGUGCAUUUAGCUCUUGAUAUUGAACAGGGGCGUAGAAAGGUGUAAAAGGGGGCAAAGAAAAAAGGGGACCUCAUUUUGAAUUAUAAUGACAUGGAAAAGGGGGCAAAAUAUUUGGGGAGUGAAAAGAGUUUCCUGUCUACAAGCCUGCGACUUUUCUCCGGCAAUUAUAUUUAAAUUACCUUUCUUGUGAAUUUGAUGAAACUUCUGCAAUUUGAAUUUAGCUUAGUUUUCCACCCCUAAAAUCUCCUCACCUUUCCUCCUUGAAACCUUAUGAAAUCGCCAACCAGUAGGAGAGAACGCCAAGACUGCGAACAUAUGUUGUAUACAAACGUCAUUUGUACCAAAAUAUUGUUGGUGAGGUCUUUUGGUUCUUUCGAAUUUUUAUGUCAAUGUCACAAGCAUUAGGAAGUAGCAACAGAUCUAGUAGUUUUCUAGGCUAGAGAAAUGUUUACAAAUGCAAUGCAGAUGAUGUAUUUCUGUCUUUUUCUGUUUCUUUUCCAUUAAUAAAUGCAGUAUUAUGUUAAAUUCAAGCCAAGAGCUUUCUAUCAGUCUCACAAAGUACGUGCUUCUUCCUAUGCGUAUAGACUUUACAAGCAACCAGAUGCCACUCUCGAUCAACUCCAAAGGGCAGAGUUGUAAAUGCAUUUAGCAGUUCUUUGCAUUUGAUGAUCCUUUCCCCGUGCAGAAGCUCAAUCGAAAUAUAAGCCUUUUUAGAAAUAUCAAAUUCAAGUAUGAUUUUCACAGGUUAGUUAAUUAGCAGAGUAAACCAGCGGAAUCGUAGAAUAAGAAAUCAGACAUACCUUUUUACUGGCGUUUGAGGGUUCCUUUUUCAUCUUGGGGAAAAAUCAAGCAGCGCCCGAAAAGUUGUAUUCUUAACUUCGUAAACCGUUUCCUGUGCUGAAGAUAGAUCGCAGCUUCUCACAAUUGUCUGCAAUUUUAUAUUUUGCUGCAUUUUCUUCGUCUUUGCCACACAGCGGAUCGACAAUCUUACAAUUUAUUUAAAUAGACACAAAGUUCGGUUUUUUGUAAGCCAUUCAAACCAAGGAGGCCUAGAAUCCGAACCCUUUCUUCAAAGCAAAAUUCUUUGUCUUGAGUUUCAGAGACUCUGAUAGUCACAUGGGAUAUACGAAAAUCCCCUUUGGAUGGCGCUGCAAGCAAACAUGAAAAGCUUCCGCAGUUUCUUGGGAAAACUACAACAUUCCCCCUUCCCCAAGAGGUCUUCGCUCGCUCUAUUUUCCGCACCAGCAUUAACAAUUAGAACGAAGCUUAAGGCACAUAUCUAUAAUAAUUUAAUGAAAGUUACUGUUUACUGUCUAACAUAAAGUGCUCGAUGCCGUCUUAUAGUCAGAGCUGUAUACGUUUUUGGUGUAUAUAACAGGACUAAGUUGUUUCCCCGACUUGCUAAAUGCGAUCAUCAGGUAAUAAAACAUUUUCUAUAGAAAAUACCUCAAGCUUAUCCAUAGAUGUUGGAGCAUUUCAAAGUUGAAGGGAAACGGAUAAGAAGUGUCAGAUCUGGGGCUCUAUGGGUUAGAAAAAGGGGCACUUAACAAUCCGCAUUGCCUUGAAAAAAGGGGCAGCAAAGAUGGGGGUAUUCGGAAACUGAAAUGAAAAAUGUAUACAGAAAAGACUCAAGCCUCUUGAUAUCAAAAUAAAUAUCAUAAAAAUUCGUUUUUGGAAAUUUUUUCUCUAUAGACUCGUGACUUUUUUAUUAAUGAAUUAUCCUAUAAAUCUUACCUAAAUUUUAUCUAAGUUGUCUACAAAAUUAUCCGGAAUUAUAAAAAAAAAUUGCAUAAAUUACCCCUAAACUCGAUACCUCUUUGGUUUUGAUGUGAUUGUGAUUGUGCAAGCCCUUGCCGAUUUGACGUGGCAGCAAACUU